GUCUAAAGAGAAGUACUUCUCUAAUCUCUACUUUAUAAUGUGCUUCAGAGAUUUAAGCAGGGAUCCGCCUUCUCUGAACAAAAGCAAAGAGACCCACUGACCCAAAUGUAAUGGUUCUUCGAAUUUCCUAUCUGGGGUUCUCCAACUCUUCGGAAAAGCCCCUCUUUUAAUACCAUUGGAGAGUGUUAAAGGGGUUUUUUUUCUUUUCUCGACAAUAAUGGAACCCAGCAGCAGAAUCUCUUCUUGCCCUGAGUUCUUCAAGGUUUUUCUUCCCAAUUCCAGUUCUCAGCAUAUGUGCAUACCUCCUGCUUUUGUGGAGCAUUUCAAUGGAAGCGUUCCAAGCAAUGCCGUCCUCAGAGAUCAUAGCGGAAAAUCUUGGGAUGUUACUUUGGAAGAACUGAAAAACGGUGUGUUUUUCAAGAACGGUUGGCGAGAAUUUGCUGACUACCACCUCUUAAAAUAUGGAGACUUUUUAGUUUUCCAAUAUGAUGGGAGUCAUAUGUUUGAUGUUAAGAUAUUUGGUAAAAAUGGAUGCAAGAAGGAGCUAGUAUCAGGUAACGGUAGUUGUUUUCCAGAUGUGAAGAUCAAAGAUGAGCCCCAAUCAGAGCAAGAUUGUAGUAGUAAAUCCUUAACUGGUUGCGAGAGGAAUGGUCUGGAAGUUAGAUCCAGUGGUAGUUCAGGCACAGCCCCUAAAUCAAGGGAAAUAUCAACAACAAAUCUUGAAGAACUUUGUCCUUCUAAGACUACAGAUCAUAUUUCGAAGAAAAGACCAACCUUCAAGCACGUAGUCAAGCGUUGGACAUGUAGUGCCAUUCAAAUAUCUAAAAAGAUGGUGGUUGCAAAUAACAUCUUGCUGAAGCCAACUGUGGUUCUUAUCAACGAAAUGGGCAAGUCAUGGCCGGUGACAGCCAAACCACUCAGCCGUCGCCGGUUUGGUCUUACCACUGGUUGGUCUGUUUUCUUCAAGGAGAAUCGUUUGAAGAUGAAUGACAAAUGUACAUUUGAGUUUGUUCGCGGUCGGAAUAACAUUUGUGGAGAAAUAAUCGUGAAAAUCACCCGCAGGCAGGCAAGAGCUCGAUGCGAAAAAUAGGCAAAAUGAUGCAAGAGGGAUUGUAUCUUGCACCUGAAUGGCUCUUGGUUUCUUCUUGUUUGGAUAAUUUGGCUGUAAUCAAGCUUAGAGCAUCAUUUCAACUACAUCACUGAUUAUUAUGUAGCUCUACAACAUGCCUUCAAUGAUUCUGAAGAAAUGAGGUUUUUUUUUUUA